GCCGGGGAGCCGGAGCCGGGGGGGCCGGGGCCGGGGAGGAGCGGCACUGGCAGCCCCCGAGGUGGUCACAGCAGAUGGCCAACAUCAGGGCGAUGAGGAAGCGCAGGGCCGCCCCUGUGGAUCAGUUGGGAGCCGCGCAAUGCUUUGAUCAAACCGCUGCUCCAAAGGUCAUGAGGUACCAGGUUCUGCUGUCACUCAUGCUGUCCAGCCAGACCAGAGAUCUGAAAAAACUGCGAGAUUAUGGCUUGACUCUGGAGAAUGUACUAAAAAUGGACGAUAAGACAUUGGGAGAACUCAUCUACCCAGUCGGAUUCUGGAGGAAUAAGGUGAAGUACAUCAAGCAGACCAGCGCGAUACUGAGGGAGCAGUAUAGUGGGGACAUCCCCAACACUAUCCCCGAGCUCCUGAACCUGCCUGGGGUCGGACCUAAGAUGGCUCACCUGAUCAUGAAGAUAGCCUGGAACAGAGUGUCUGGUAUAAGUGUUGACACCCACGUGCAACGGAUCUCGAAUCGGCUGAAGUGGGUUAGAAAAGAAACCAAGACAUCAGAGGCGACGAGAUUAGCACUGGAAGAAUGGAUGCCAAGGGACCUGUGGAGCGAGACCAAUUGGCUGCUGGUGGGCUUUGGUCAGCAGGUCUGCUUGCCAGUGAAGCCUCACUGUGAUGAAUGCCUCAACAGAGACAUCUGCCCUGCAGCCAAGAACAAUCUUAGGAAAACAAAUCUCAGGCUUCCUUCAAACUCUCCGGAUGGGCCUGCCAAUAAUUAAAUCCUUGUGUUUAGCUUGUGGUAUAAAUUAUGGAAGGCCUGGGUGGGUUGUUUGUUUCAGCGUAAACCAAAGCAAAACUGCAUUUGAACAUUCAGUUGGAGGGAACGUAGAGAUUGAGACAAGGAGUCUUUACGGAGACAGUGUACCAGAACCGGACCCCAAACAUCAUCUAACCAUAGUCCACAUUCUACAGCUGGCUGGGAAAUCACAUACCAUACAAUAUUUGUUUAACAAUAUUCCACUCAUUUCCUCAUUUCAGUAUGUGUUAGUGUAGCCAGCUCACAAGGAGUUGGUUACAAUUACCUAAAGUUCCAGUUAAUGGGAGGCAUGUGAAAGCCAGUAUCCAAUAAACCUGUCCUUAAAUCGCAAAGGUGGGUGCCUAUGUUGGCUAGCGGCCUACAAAUCACUAUUUGAGGAUUAGUCAGGAUUAUUCUAACCAAAUUUAUGGAAAAUUACCAGCGUCGUUGUCUCAAAGGGUUGACUCAUCCCUCCAGUUUACUAACAGCCAUGGAGAGGUUCAUUGGCCAGGUGGUCAAGUUUGCCAUUUAUUCCUGUUCUGGAAGAGGAUGAGGUUAACAAGACACAGAACGGGUUAACAAAGUGAUUUGCAAUAAAAUGUAAUGCAGAAUGUGGCCCAUAUUCUCAAAGCACCAAAUUCUGUACAUCAAGAAACAAUUUUGAUGAUUAAUGUGGCCUGGCUUUAAUAUUUUUUCUAAAAUAUACUUUAUUGCAAGGAUUUAGAGACCUCGUUUCUGGGUUAAAUGGUUAAUAAAGUUACAUAUAUUGCAUCGUU